AUGAAGCCCGUUCUGCCUCGGUCCGCCUGCUUCCUAUCAUCUGUUUCUGCUGCUCGACCCCCGACUUCUGCUACCUAUAUCAACACUGCGACGAGAUCUUUGUUUAGCUUCAGAAAAGUUACAACAUCACCUACAAUGGCUUCCGCUACCAGUUUCCACGAGUUCAAGCCUCUUGACAAGAAGGGCAACGUCUAUGAUCUGUCCAAGCUCAAGGGCAAGGUCGUCCUUGUCGUCAACACCGCCAGCAAGUGCGGUUUCACUCCUCAGUUCGAAGGCCUCGAGAAGCUCUACAAGGAAUUCCUCGGCUUCCCCUGCAACCAAUUCGGCUCUCAAGACCCCGGUUCCAACGACACCAUCCAAGAAUUCUGCCAACUCAACUACGGUGUUUCGUUCCCUGUGCUCGGCAAAACCGACGUCAACGGCGACAAGGCCGAGCCCGUUUUCGAGUGGAUGAAGGCCGAGCAACCCGGUAUCAUGGGCUUGAAGAGAGUCAAGUGGAACUUUGAAAAGUUCUUGAUUGGCAAGGAUGGCAAGGUCAAGGGCAGAUGGGCUAGCACCACCAAGCCUGAGGCUUUGAAGGCACCUAUUGAGGCUCAGCUCAAGGCUUAA